AUGCAACCAGCAGCAGCAGCAGCAGCAGCAGCAGCAGAGGCCGCAGCAGCAGCAGCAGCAGCAGGAGCGGUGAAAGAUAUGCAGCAGCAGCUGCAGCAGCAGCAGCAGCAGCAGCAGCAGCAACAGCAGCAGCAGCAGCAGGCCACAAGCAGCAGCAGCAACUGCAGCAGCAGCAAACAACAGGCUGCCGAGAGGACGAUAGAAAGAAGAAAAAGAAAUAAAUAA